CUCUCAACUCUUGACAAGGACAUUUGGACUCAUAUAAUUAUUUGUUUUCGGUAUUAGUUUGUAGGAAAAAUUCCUGGUGCUGCAGAAAUAGGUGCCCCUCACCGUGGCGGAGUGAGAGUGUUAUUUUAACGGGCUCCUUGCUCAAAGUCGCCCCGACAAGUUCCAUUUGACCGAUUCCUGGGAGAUUUGGAACGGAUAUAAUAACAGAGGCAUUAUCAUGUCUCAGAACCCAGAGGAGCCCAGUACUGGUGUCUUGGGCCGGAUCGGGAGCUGGUUCUCCCCCUGGAAAGAAAGAGGGAGCCCCAGGAGUCCCAUUGACGAUGCCUCUCAGUCCCCGACGGACGACCAGAGCCCCAGGCCAGAAGGAGAGGGGGCCCAGGAGGAGCCUGUGAGGGGAGAAGAAGGGCAGCAGAAAGAGGGACAGAAUUCCCAGCCUGCCCAGCGGCAUCUCUCCAGGGAUUUUGAGGAGGCGAACGCGGCGGACGCCAGAGCGUCUACCCACAGAGACAGCCCCCUCUCUGCAGCCAGCAGCCACAGCGAGUGGGGAGGAGGAGGAGAAGGAGGAGGUCCUAGGGAGGAGGAAAAGUGGUGGAUUGCCUCGCAGGGAGAGGAGAGGGAGGAGGAGGGGGGAAGGCGCAGUGGAGCGAGGGGGAAUCCUGCCCCGGAGAGGAAUGCCAGCCAUCUGACACGUGUGCUUUCAUCUGCCCUUGAAGAGGGGGUGGCCUGGGAGGACUCUGACCGACAGGAACACACCCAGGCUCACACACACACACAUGCCCUGCCCCGAGCCGAAGUCCAGGCAGGCAAGAGGCUGCAUGUGUACCUGGAGGAGACGAGUCUCAGCCUGAGCCAGAACGGAACGGACACCCACACAAAGCAGGAAGUGCUCCACGCCAUCACCACCACCAGGGUGAAGAAAAGCAUCCAGGUGGUUUCUAGAGCAAAAUCAUCCAAGAGUGUUGAUUUGUCAUCAGAGAACACCAAUACAAAGGAGAGGACCGAGGAGCGCAAAAGGACUUGUCUCAAAGCUAUAGGGGUCAAAGGUCAUAGCAGUUACAGUGCCCUGGUGGGAGUGUCACUGAAGUCGCACACAGAGACACAGACAAGCUCACAAACCAUCCCUGAGCUCUCUGGUGAGGAGGAGUCAGACAGAGACACAGACACAAUGGGCCGUAAGAACUCAGGCAGGAGGCGGUCCAGGAAGAGCUCCUCCGGAGACGGAGGAGGAGCCAGUUCUCAGGAGAAUACGCCCACCAAACCCAAGCCUGGAGCCGAGAACUCACCUACAUCAUCAGAAUAUAACACACCUAAACCUGGAAACUCCACCCACUCCUCUUCUAAAGACAAACAUGCCUCAGUGAUUUUACCUGAGGCAGGUAAACAGGAGUCAACCACCUUUAGUGGCAUUCCAACAAAAACACGCAGAGGGAAGGAGAGAGAGGAAGCCCAGGAGGACCUAGAUGCACCAGUACAUGCCACCCUGGUGGCCGUGGUGGACGGGGAAGGGGACAUGGAUGUAGACGUGCUUGACGACACUAGCCCAUGCCGGGUGGAGAGGCGCACGGAGAGCGCCGAGUCCAAACGCCGGAGCAUGAAGGUGUCACACAGCGAGGUGAAGUUCUUUGCGAAGAAAGUGAUGGUGAACUCAGAGCAGCCACUGAGUCCGGAGGGAGAUGGAGGACUCGUAGCCAUGAGCGUUAAGAAAGGAGGAAUGGCUACAGGAAAGGUCACGGAGGGUAAUGAUACAGCUAAGGGAAAGGGCAAGGUGGAACCAAAGGUGACAAAGAGACCACCUGAUCUAAAGAAAGUGGACGAGGAAUCCAAGACUCCUCAGCCUAUUGGGCGGAUCACAGAUAGGAUUAGCCUUUUCGAGGGGAGAGCGAUGGGGGUUGCCAGUCCCAGUAAGACUUACCCCAGGAGCGCAGAUGUUUCUCCCACCAGGAAAGUCACAGAGCAGCUAAAAAGAGAUGUAAACAGAGAGCUCGGGUUACCAGAUCAGCGGGCGAAAUCGGUGGAACGUGGCAAUGCCAGGUCCAACUCGGCCCCCCCUGUUCAGGAGAAAUUAAAAACGGUACGGGAGCGGGCGUGGAACUUUGCAGAGGCUCAGAAGAUAGAUGAUAAAGCAAUGGUUCCCCAAAAGUCCUCUAGUAUUGCAGGAAUGCCCCAAAAUUCUACAGCUUCCCCCGCUUCUGCUGUGUCAAAGACAACAAAACAGGACAUUCAGGGAAAACUGGCCAGCGGGGAGAAGACUCCUACUCGGACCACCCUGAAGGCAGAGAUAACAUUGAAACCAGCGGAGCCAGAUACCACCACAGUAGCCGUCAUACCAGUUCCUAAAGAAGAUCAGACAGACUCCAAAACAAAGGACAAAGAGGCUACUGAAACAGUGGAGCUACCAAAGAGACCUACCAAUAUUGACCUAAAUACUUCAGCUAAAGGGGGGAGUGGCUCAGACUCAAGCCAACUGACCCCUCAUGUGGACUCAACCAAUGAGGUCAGCCCACAACCCAAAGCCAACAGCAGACAAAACUCCAAGUCCAAGAGACGGAAAAGCAAAGGAGCGGAGUCAGCCAAUCACCUGAACCUGAGCUGUGACAUCAAACAGGAAGUGACAAACACUGAGCAGGUAGUGGUCAUCAGCAAACAGGAAGAGGCAGGUACCACAAAGAAAAUGGCCGCUGAGCAGGACGUUAAGACAGUUACAUCGCCACAAUCUGUAGACGUAACAUCAGAUGUUAAAAAAGAGUCAGUUAGAGAAACCAGCCAGCAAGCAGUCAGUAAAAAGCCAGCACCCUCAGACAAGCAGAUAGAGUCAUUGUCAGAUGAAAAGCAAAAUUCUAACAAACCGUUAAAGGAAAAGACGCAAUCACCCACACCUCCAAACGUCAACAAAGACAAUAAAAUGGCUACCUCUGAUCUUAUCAGUGUAAGAAAGGAGCCCAAUGAUAAAACUGUAGACAUUCUACCCUCACAGAGUUCUAAGGGAGAGAAGGCAGAGGAGGCAAUCUCUGGGGAGACCUCUACGGUUAAGACAAAUCAAAAUGUUUCCAAGGACAACAGCAAAACAUCCCUGCCUUCACAUUUGCCUGAGAAAAAACAGACUCUUGUUCAAGACCCCUCUCCUGUGGAGCACGGCUCACCUGUCCCACACAAUAAAGUAGACAACAGACCAAAGCAGCCUGAAAAGAAAGUGGUGGAAAUGGUAAAGCAGCCUAAUAAAAAUACAGAUAAAAAGCCAGAGAAGAAUGUGCCUUCAGGCAGUAGACAAGACACCCCGGAGACAGCCGCUAGCAAGGCUAAGAGCAAAGAGAACCCCAAGCUCAUUACAGAGCCAGACACAUCCAAAUCAGUGUUGAAACAAACAGAUCCAACUGUCCCACCCUAUGUAGCUCCUAUUAAACCUCCAGCCUCACUGACUCCUACACAGUCUUCUCAGUCAGAUAAAACUGCCGGUGGUGUUGUCACUCAGAUUGAUGAGACAGCGAAGGGAAAAGACAGUGAUAAAUGUGAAACCGACCCUCCUAAGGAAGGGUCGUCUACACAUGUGCCUGAGCAGAAAACAAAAUCUUACCAUCAGGAACCUAUAUUAGAAAAGCAGCAAACCAAGGCCUCAAAGCAGACACAGUCUGUAAUGUCAUCUGAGGCAAAGACAGAUAAACCUAGCCACGACACACCGACACACGGAGUGAGCCCUACCCCAGAACCCACACCCUCAAUGCCUAGCACUACAGUGCCAGUAGCAGAGAAGGACACAGAAAGCAAGGCCUCAAAACCUACAGCGGUAGAUACUACUCAGAAUCCUUUGGAGACCAAAGCCCCAGGACAGACAAAGUGUCAGGUGGAGAAAGAACCUCUGGCCCCAGUGAAGGGGCAUCUCCCUGGGUCAAAGCCGAAGAGCAGUGAGGGGCCAGGGCUAGAUGUUGGGAAAGUAGCAGAGAAGGACACCACAGUAAAAACAGAAAGCAAGGCCUCAAAACCUACAGUAGUAGAUACUACUCAAAAUCCUUCGGAGACCAAAGCCCCAGGACAGAAAAAGGGUCAGGGAGAGAAAGAAACUCUGGCCCCAGUGAUGGAACCAGGGCUGGAUGUUGGAAAGGAGAACUCCACUGUAAAGACUAUAGCCCCAGAGGUGAAAAAGUCAGAGGAUGUGAAGCAGGGGAACGCUCUGACAAGCCAAUCACAGAGUGAGAACAGAGAAAAGACAGUGAUGUUGCCCAAUCAAAAGCUAGCAGAGGGAAAAGGGGAUGCACUUGAACAAAAGUCAUCUACUAGUAGUAGUACUACUACUGUGUUAGAAAGGACAGCUGAUGACAUUCAAGGAAUUGUGGUAACAAAUCCUCCAACGGUUGUGAAUGACGAGAUCCGCCCGGUAACACAACCUGAGAUGACCAAUGAGAAAUCAACCUUUCUCCCCAGUCCAGGCAAAGCUCUGAAGAUACCCUCUUCUACUGAAACCACCAAACAGAGCCCAGUCUCUCCCCAACAUCCAUCCCUGAAUAAUCUCCCCUUACUGGGGGGCGGUGGCAGUGGCAUACCCCUCCAACGCGACACCCCCUCCAGCUGGCUAGACGUGGACCAUCGCUUCCCCAAGCCGAAGCUCCUCCACCCCCUUGAACCCAAGCUCAGCUUGUCGGUCAGCGAUAGCAACCUCUUGGACACAUCCGGAGAACUGGACGACGACGACUUCAUCGAGAACAUAAAACGCCUUGGCGUGCCUUUCUCGUUGCCACCGCGGAAGAACCACCACCACCACCAUCAUCCCAAGCCACCGUUCGCAAUGCCCGCCAUCAGGGAGGACCGCUUCGAGAAGACAUUUGACCCUGAGGAGUUCCAGUUCGGCCUGAGGAGGAAGAGGGAGUUUUCUAUGGAGACAACCCCAAGUCUUCUGGCUAAGCUCCAGAGUAACGAGGUCAAAAGGGAGCUGAAGCCGGCCAGGGCCAGCAUCACAGACUGGGACAGGGGCAGCAUCCUACUCAAGAGCCUCGACAGCCGUUCCAGCCUCCUCUUGGAGAGGGAGAAGACCACCAUGGAGGAGGGCGUGGAGAAGAAGAAGGAAGAGGGCGAGGGGGGGGAGAAGAAAGAGGAGGAGGCGAAGGUGGUGAAACCUCGUAUGUCGCGCUUGGAGGGGAGCUGUAUCUUCAGUAGCCUGAUCAGCUCCUCCACCCGGGGAAAGAGGCCCGGAGUUCAACCCCAGACGUACUCCACUCUGGGUGGGGAGGUGUCGCCCACCGAGGCCCCUCACCUCCAGCCCAGCCCUUCACCAGUCACUAAGCCACCCCAGCCUACCCCCACUUUCUCUGGGGAGCUCAGCCAGGCAUUGGCCCAACAGCCCAGCCCUCCACCACCAGUUCCCCAGCCUUCCCCCACUUCCUCUGGGGAUGCUACCAUCCAGAGUCCUAACCUGGGGAACAGGCCCACUGCCCAGGCUGCUGUGGUCAGUGACUCAGCUUCUCCGUUCCCCUCCUUUCCUCCUCUCCCCUCCUUUAACGACAUCAAGCUGCCGGAGUAUUUAGAGAAGUACCUUCCUCUGCGAGAGCCUGCUGUGAAACUAGAGCUGAGCACAGGGCAGGAACCGCUCAACUCAGAGGUUAUUGGAGGGACGAAGCCACAUGGAGGAAGUGGAGGAGGAGACUUGAAUAUCAGGCCUGGAAUCCUAGUGGUGGAUGGAAGACCUCCGAGUCUUCCUCUGGUUCCUCCAUCCUCACUACUCGAGAUCAAGGCCCCUCUGGCUGGCCCGCUAGGGCCUCGUACUGACCAUAGAGAGGCUGUGAACGGAUUCCAUAGGCGCCCAGGAAAGAUGGUGUUGUUUGAGCGUGACCAGUUUAGUGGCCAGGCUUAUGAAGUCUUCAGAGACGUGGUGGAUGCCACCCAGCUCCAACUGUCUCCUAUGAUUUCUGUGAAGGUGGUGAGAGGAGGCUGGGUGCUUUAUGAGAGGCCUGGAUUCGAGGGGCGUUCCAUUGCCCUAGAGGAGGGGCCUAUUGAGCUGACCAAUGUCUGGGCAGAUGCAGGGCCACCAGGUUCACACCCCAAUGUCGACCCACCAAUGGUCAUCGGCUCCAUCCGACAUGCUGUAUGGGACUACAGCAUGCCCCAUAUUGACCUGUUCACUGAACCAGAGGGUCACGGCAGGCUAGCACCGUACCAUGACGACACAGUAGAGAUCGGCUCCUUCGGUAUCCCAGAGAACACAGCUUCCAUCAAAGUCCACUCUGGGGUGUGGUUGGUGUUCAGUGACCCAGGGUUCCAGGGCCUCCUGGCGGUGUUGGAGAAGGGGGAGUACCCCUGUCCCGAGGCCUGGGGGUUCCACACACCCUUCAUCGGAUCCCUCAGACCCCUCAAAAUGGGUGCCUUCAAGGUGGAGAAUCCUAAUGAAGUCAAGGCUGUGGUGUAUGAGCGGCCUGGCUUUGAGGGGUCCUGUCUGGAGAUGGAUGGGGACGUGUUCUGUUUUGGAGCUGGAGCAGAAGGAGAUGGAGAGGCAUCAAACCUGGAUUCAAACAGACUGAAGUCAGUGGGCUCUGUGAAGAUCCUCAGAGGACUCUGGGUGGGGUAUGACCAACUAGGGUUCGAAGGUCACCAGCAUGUCCUGGAGGAAGGAGAGUACCUGGACUGGAGGGACUGGGGAGGAAUGACUGAUCAGCUACUGUCUAUACGACCUGUACUGGCUGAUUUCAUGUCACCACACCUCAAGAUGUUCAGUGAGAGAGAAUUUGGCGAGCUGGGCACGAACAUCGACAUCUUAGAACCUAUCAUCAAUAUAGAGGACACCGGCUACGGGCUGAAAACGCAGUCGGUCGACGUUAUGGGCGGAUUGUGGGUGGCAUUCGAGGAGGCAGGGUUCUCUGGAAAGGCGUAUGUGUUGGAGAAAGGCCUCUACGGAAGCCCAGAGGACUGGGGGGCCCUCAGCUCCAAGAUCACAUCCGUCAUGCCCGUCAUUCUGGAUAAUCUGGGAAAAUCCUCCAAGUUUAAGAUGCAGUUGUUCUCGGAGCCGGAGUUCCAGGGUUCUGUCCACGUUCUAGAGGACAGUGUUUCUGCCCUGCCACACGGCUUCUCCCUGGGUUCCUGCAGGGUGCUGGCUGGCAGCUGGCUGGCGUUCGAGGGCCAGGGCUUCACUGAGAGGAUGUAUGUGUUGGAGGAGGAGGACUACCCUGAUCUGAGGGCGAUGGGGUGUGUGGAGCCCAACUCCUCUGUCCUGUCCCUGCAGACCACUGGCUUUGAGUUCUCGCUGCCCUCUGUCACCCUGUUUGAGAGGACAGGUCUACGGGGGAAGAGGGUGGUUCUGACCGCCGGCUCGGUCAACCUCCAGCUUGCCAAAGGCUGCAGCCUGGUCCAGUCUGUCCUGGUGGAGGGAGGCAUGUGGGUGCUGUAUGAGGGGAUCAACUACCGCGGAGCUCAGAUUCUGCUGAAGCCCGGCGAGGUGCCCGACUGGCGCAGAUUCAGUAGCUGGCAGCGAAUCGGAUCCCUGCGCCCACUGAUCCAGCGACAGGUGCACUUCCGGUUGAGGAGCCAGGAGGAGGGCCUUCUAAUGUCUGUCACCGGGGAGAUGGAUGAUAUCAAGCUGAUGCGUAUCCAGGCAACAGAGGAGAUGGGCGGAGUCCAACAGAUCUGGUUCUAUCGGGACGGACAUCUCCACUGCAAGGUGCUGGAGGAUUGCUGUGUGGCUCCGUGCAGCAGCGUGGCCAUGGCAGGCAGUCGUAUGGGCCUCUCACCUGAGCCCGGCAAACAACCCUCCUGCUGGAGCAUCACGCCUGAUGGCCUUAUCCGCUACACCGCCAGCCCAGACCUGGUCCUGGAGGUCAAAGGUGGUCAACACUAUGACAGAAACCAGGUGAUUCUCAACACGUUUGAUCCAAACAAACCUAACCAAAGAUGGACAGUGGAGAUUCUCUGAGGUCUUGUUUUGAGAGGGAAGAACUGGGUGUAGUCUCUGAGGUGCAGUAUGAUGAAGGGCCUCACAGCUCUGUGGCGCAGCUGCAGCGUGGGCCUCAUACAGGCGUCAAGGACAAGAUGCCUCAGGAACAGAACAUUUGCUGCUGGAAGAGAAGCUCAUAUACAGUAUACUCUUUCCUCUGAGGUCGACAUGGAAAAUAUAUGAAGCUUCCUGGAUAAUCUAUAAUAUCGCAUUACUUCUUCACGAACAAACAGGGACAAAACAAUAGCAUUCAUUAGUAAGUUGCUCUGGAUAAGAGCGUCUGCUAUAUGACUAAAAAUGUAAAAUGUAAAUUACUUCAUUAAGGGAAAGUGGAUUCGCAAGACUAAACUUGAAAUACUUUACCUACCCAUUAAUGUUGUAUCUGAUAACAUACGAGUUUGACAUUGUAACAUUUUGGAUGAAUAUAUGUAUUUUUCAGACGUUUUAUUCAAGUCUGCCAUUAAUAUCCUUAUGUAAAUAAAUGUGAUGUGAUUA